AUGGCACACAAUUCACAAAGCUUCAACUCCAAGGGAAAGCGAGUUGCUCAAAGCGUGGAAGAAAUUGAUUCAAACGAUCCAUUGAUUAGUUUUUCACCACAAUUUAAUGAUGAAAUUCAAUAUCAAACUCUAGUUGAGGAGAGUUAUACUCGUCGUCAUUCACCACAAGAAGAAGCAACAUCUCCUAAUAUUUCAAUAGGUAAACCACCGAAAUCAGAUAUUUUCAAGAAGCACUUUGCAAAAAUUGUUCAAGAUAACAGAGAAAUCAAUGCGGUUCGUGAUAUUUUCUCGAAAGCCACUGCUGCAGCACCAUGCCUUCUCUUUUUUGAUGAAUUUGAUUCCAUUGCCCCAAAAAGAGGGCAUGACAAUACUGGUGUUACUGAUCGUGUUGUUAAUCAAUUUCUCACUGAAUUAGACGGUGUUGAAGUAUUAACUGGUGUAUUCGUAUUUGCUGCAACAAGUAGACCAGAUCUACUUGAUGCUGCAUUGCUCAGACCUGGUAGGUUAGAUCGUCUUCUUUUCUGCGAUUUUCCAUCUCAGCAGGAGAGGUUAGACAUCCUUACGGUUCUUUCCCGAAAGCUACCGAUGGACAGUGAUGUUGACUUAGAUGCCAUCGCAUGUAUGACAGAAGGAUUUAGUGGAGCUGACCUACAAGCUCUUCUAUCAGAUGCACAACUUGCGGCAGUUCAUGAACAUCUGAGUGCAGACAGCAGCAAACAUGGGAAAAUGCCAGUCAUAACUGAUGCCUUGUUGAAGUCCAUUGCUUCCAAAGCAAGACCAUCCAUUUCUGAAUCUGAGAAGCGGAGACUAUAUGGUAUUUAUAACCAGUUCUUGGAUUCAAAGAAAUCUGCUGCCGCCCAGGUCCCUCUCUCUCAUCACAUUUUCAUGUGCUUGCAAGAGGGAGCAAGACGGAAGAGGAGAAAUCAAUUUUAUUUACUUCCAACGCUACCGUUUCGACUUAGCUAAUUUGACUGGUGUUCUUAGAGGCUGAGUCCAGCAUGGUUCAGCAUAAUACCAGGCCCAACUCGAACCGAAAAUGCUUCCCUCCUACCUUGUGAUUUUCCUCUCAAAAAUUAUGAGAUUAUUACGAGUUCAAUAUUUCAACCUAAUUGAAAAAAGUUCUAAAGAAAAGCAGUGGUGCCGUACAAGAUCCUCCUUUUGAUUUAAGAAAAGCAACGCAAAACUAACGAUCAUAGCAUGUCUAUGGAUUGACAAUGUUUAAUUUCAAAUUA